UGUGUUUGCAUUCCUCCUCCCUCCUCUGAGACUGACAGCCCGUUAGCUGCUGCUGCUCACCGGCAAUGAUACAGCAAACACGGACUCUGUAAGACACCCCGAGAUGGACUUAGCCAGCACUUUUUACCACUACAAAGACGGAUAUUAUUCAGACAUCAUUGCCUAUUGACAACAGAGGAAGUUUAUUCAUCGCCAGGCCCAUUUUUGUUACGGGAAAAAGGAGACUCGACGUCCGGGAGAGGAAUGGAUGCGACGACUGCUUUUCUGCGACAUUCACCGGCCAGCUAGGAAGCUUCUACAUUCACUUUGAAGACCACCUGAGUACAUCUAAACUAGUCAAAGCUUCACUUAUUUCUGUGUGCUUAAUUGUGAACACUAAUAUCCGCAAAAUAAUCAUAACCAGUAAUGAAAAUGUACAUCCAGUUCUAGAGGACCGUGGCUAAUCGCUACAGGCGACCCAACAGAGCUUUAAGCUAACCAACGGCUAGCCGAAUUUCGCAUUCUUUGUUUAUUUUAUUUGUUUCACUGAAUACAGUGUUUUUUCUGUCUGAAGUUGGACUAAUAUUUGAGUUAAGAAGGGGACACUGCUUAUAAGCUAGCAUUUUGCCUAACUACACAUUUGGUCACAUAGCUUAAUUUUUAAAGGACAUAAAUCAUCUGACACUUAUGGCUCGUUAGUAUCGCGGUACUGCAGCUGACCCAGCUAGCUAGCAUCUGUGUUAGCUAGUAGGUAGCGCAAACCAGCCGUCAGCCACUUCUUGGCCUUCAGUAACUCCUUGACGGUGAAGAUGCACCACCAGGACUUUUCCGGAGAUCCGCCUGGGACCGGGAGCAGGAAAACGACUUUCCACUACAGGAGGGGCAGCAGCGGUGCGUCUGCCUCCUCCGCAGUCGGUGGCAGUGGAGUCAACACGGUUGACGACAAUUCAACGAUCCAGGCUGGAUCCUCCUCUCCCGGACUCCACCACCAGCCCCAGUCCCAAGUGGCUGGUGCUCAGGUGAAGAAGAAGAGUGGCUUCCAAAUUACAAGUGUCACUUCAGCUCAGAUCAACGUGAGCGGCAACAACAGUUUAGCAGAUGACACUGAGAGCUAUGAUGAUAUGGAUGAGUCACACACUGAAGACCUCUCCUCCUCUGAUAUGCUGGAUGUGUCCGUGUCCAGGGCCACAGAUACAGGUGUGCCGGAGAGGAGCUCCUCCGAUGAGACAUUGAACAGUCUCCAUGGGGUCGACACACCAGGGCUUGUGUCACCCAACGAGCCUCUUCACCCUCAUUCCAUCCCACAGGGGUCUCAGCAGCAAACCUCUAUGGUAAACGGGACCAUGCAUCAUCAUUAUUAUCCUCAGCAACACAGCCAGUCCCACCAUCAUCACUCUGAUAGCCUGGGAGGAGGUGAACCCCCAUUAUCAGCUCUUCCCAUUGCUCCCUUGGCGAGCUCCAGCCCGGCUAUGGCUUCCAAGGCCGGGCCCAGCCAGUCCCAGAGGCCACCUGUGCUGGAUAAAACUAAAUCUGCAGGUGGAGCCAUCCAACCAUUAGCCCCUGUUGUUGGAGGGACAGCUACUGAUCCACAUCUACAGGGCAGUGUGAACAUUUCAAAUGUGUCUGCCAUUGCUGUUGCUGCAGUUCCUCCUUCUGGGCCUGCAGGUUUUGAUAACACUAGUGUGAGUGGGCAAGUAGCUUCUGUUGGAGGAGGAACAGGCCCGUCUGCUGCCGCCCCCAGCACUCAGACCCAGCACACCCAAACCCAGACAGCUACUGGCUCUCGUUUUAGGGUGGUCAAGCUAGACACUAACUCUGAGCCCUUCCGCAAAGGAAGAUGGACAUGUACAGAGUAUUAUGAAAAGGAGAUUCCCCAGCCAGCUACGUCUGAGGCACCAAAAGGUGCAGAGUUGGCUGCAGAGACUGAAGCAGGUAAUGUUGGGAUUAGUCCAGGUGUACCUGCUGUACAGCCACCUCACACACUGCAGCCCUACCAGCCGCCGAGCCAGGACUUCACUAGUCCACAAGCCAUGCAGAGCCCACCACAGGCACUGGCCCAGGCCACUCCUCUAACGUACGUUUCACCCCAGGAGGUUGUUGGUGGGGGUCACAUACCAAAACCAGUGGCCCCUGUCGCUCUACCUACAGCAACGCCACAGGUUACACCACAGGCUGGUGUAAGUCAACCUCCACCUGUAGUACCCCAGCAGUUGCCCUAUGCUGUGGAUCCCCACCAGGUUCAAGCCCAGGCAGGUUACCCUGCACCUCCGUUGCAUGCAGGGGUCAUGACCCAGGGAAGUGUCCGUCAGCCAGACUUCAUCCAGCCCACUGCUCCCUUCCAGAACCAGGUCCAGCCUCCGCUGCCGCAUGUCACAACAGGAAUCUCCAUAACACCAGUGCCAGGGGUCACGGCACAGCCGUCAGUCAGCAUUACUCAGCAGCUGCCCCAUCAAGGUCAGGUAGCCCCGCCUGCGUCAGCGACUUUUGUUGCAGGACAGCCACAGACCCUCCCAUCUCAACCCCAGCCUCACCCGCAGACACAAAUCCAGCCUCCUUCUACUGCCACAGUCCCAGCGGUGCCCACCCAUGGGACCCCCUACAUGCCUCUGACUGCAUUGCAAGCUGACCUCCAGCCCCUCCUCACCCCAGGCGCGACCCUCACCCAGGUCCCCGGAGGAGGGAGCUCCAUAAAAACUUCCCAGCUAGAGGACGCCCAGAAGCUUCUGCUCCAGCACCAAGGCUUGCUGGGUCUGCCCAGGUUUGCGGUGGCAGCAGGUGUAGAGGGGGCUGUGGAGGCCAGCAGUGCUGUUGGAACACUGGCCCACAUGGGAAUGUCAGCUGAAGCCAGUGCUUUCAUGGCUGCUGCUGCUGCAGGCCUCAGGACUCAGCAUGCAGAAGGAGAGGAGGACAGCUCUUCGGGUGCAAGUGUGGUGGCCAUUGACAACAAGAUUGAACAAGCAAUGGACCUGGUUAAGAGCCACCUGAUGUACGCUGUGCGUGAGGAAGUGGAGGUGCUGAAGGAGCAGAUCAAAGAGCUGAUUGAGCGCAACACUCAGCUGGAGCAGGAGAACAACCUGCUCAAGACCCUGGCCAGCCCCGAGCAGAUGGCCCAGUUCCAGGCGCAGGUCCAGACCGGCGGCUCCCCGACCAGCACCGCCCAGCCUCCGGUCCCGGUCCCCGCCGGAUCGACGCAAGUCCUCCCCUCCACACAGAACUCCGGCUCGUCUGCGUAACACAGACCCUGCACACUGGAGAGCCCCCUGAUGAUGAGAGAUAGGGGGGAUGGAAGGAAGAAGAUGAGGAGGAGGAGGAAGGAGUCUGGCCAUACUGUGAACUGACUCUAGCAUCAAGACCGACUAUGCCACCGUCUCAAGGACGCUUCAACUCAACCAGAGGACGAAAAACAACUUUCCUUUGUUGCACAUUUUAUUUAACUGAAAGACUUUGGAGUUGCACCGGUGUGCGUGUGUGUGUCCGCUUCGUCUCCGACUUUUACUACCUGCUUCAGACAAUCGUCAUUGUCGUGCUGGUCGUUGUCGUCGUGGUGAUGAUGAUGAGGAGGAGGAGAGAAGGACAGAGCUGACAGAAACUGACAGUCGACCCUUUGCGGCCGUCGCCACCAUUGUUCAGGGAGGAGUUAACGUAGGGCUCGGCCAAUCAGGGGAGCGCGCUGCACGCUCUUGUCAGUGCCGUCGAAUCCCCUCACAGUGUGACUUGUGGAAAGUGUGCCAUCGUCUUGCCCCCCCUGCCCCACCUCAACCCAGCGCUGUCCAUCUGCACACCAAUUUUUACUCAUCUGCUUGUUUUACAUUUCUAUUUUUCCGUUUGCACUUUUUUCACACGAUGUUUGACAGUGGACGAACUUUUCAGAUUCGUAGAACCCAUCUGGAAUGGGAGUCAAAUAAUCCAGCGGACGCUUUGUUCUGGGUCUCGACCCUCACGGCAUCUGAAGACAAAAACAGAUCUUGAUUUCCUGGCUUGAGGGGCGCGUUUAUAAGAAAAUAUUAAAUAUAUAUUAGCUGUGUCUCAUUGUUCACUUUGAGAACUCUGUGUUCUUCUCCAGGUUCUCACCGUCGCCGCCCCCACCCUUACCCUCCCUCUUCUUGGAUGGAGCAUUAAACAUUUAUGCAGGGAAUCAAUGUUUUCUAGGGAGGGCAGGGAAAGGUUUAGGAUUUGUUUUCGUCUGUUUAUGUUCUCGCUCUUAUUGAUGUAAUAAAUGUCCUAGUGGUCUGUAAAAAUAAAUAAUGGAAAGGUGAAUUAAUAGGACAUGACUGUUUCUAGGUAGUGACCUUUGUACAUAUGAAAAAUUUCCAAUUAAACUCUGCCAAGUGCCUGGUUUCUAACCAUAGAUACAUAUAUAGAAGCUUUUUUUAGUUGUUUUAUUCAUAUAUUUGUAUAUAUAUAUAUAUCUAUGGUUUUGCCAGGUUUUGAACUACCUGUGAUGUCAUUACUCAGGGUGGGACCAGAAGAGGAUUAUUUACCUCGACACUAAGAUGCAGUCUCUCCUGCAGUGACACACGGCCUCGUACUGUAUGUGAACUCUCCUCUGCCGUCGCUUAAAACUCACUCGCUCAAAUGAUCUGGACUGUUUUACCAUUUGGGGACGUGUGUAGUUGUUUUUUUGUUUUUUUUUGGUAACGAAUGACAGUGUUUGUUUUUCUUCUUUUUUUGUCUUUUGUACAGCCAAGUGUUUUGAGUUGCUUAUAAGUGCAAUUGGAGCGCUGAACACAAUAAUGAGACACUUGGUUAAAAAAAAAGAAAAGAAAAAGGAAAAUGCCCAGCAGAAGUAUGUCAAUGUUUUGUGCAUGUUCCUCAGCCCAUCACAAAUGUGACGUUAUAAUUGCACUAGACAGUUGCACCUCAAAUAAAAGUGAAAACGAAAAAAAAGCAGAAA